GCACCUCCUCCUCGUUUGGUUAUCAGAUCGCAGAUGACGCAGUGAGGUCCGGGGAAGAUGGCUCCCUUUCCGGACGAAGUGGAUGUUUUUACUGGCCCACACUGGCGAAUGAAGCAGCUGGUGGGUCUGUACUGCGAAAAGCUGUCCAAAACCAACUUCUCCAACAACAGCGACUUCCGGUCCUUCCUCCAGUCCCUGUGCGCCACCUUCAAGGAGUUCAAGAUGCACGAGCAGAUCGAGAACGAGUACAUCAUCGGCCUGUUGCAGCAGCGCUGCUGCACCGUCUACAACGUGCACUCCGACAACAAGCUGUCGGAGAUGCUGUCCCUCUUUGAAAAGGGGCUGCAGAGCGUAAAGAGCGAGUAUGAGCAGCUUAACUAUGCCCAGCAGCUGAAGGAAAGACUGGAGGCUUUCACGCAAGAUUUUCUGCCUCACAUGAAGGAGGAGGAAGAGGUGUUUCAGCCUAUGCUUAUGCAGUACUUCACAUACGAGGAGCUGAAGGACAUCAAGAAGCAGGUGAUCGCGCAGCACUGCAACCAGCAGCAACUGGACUGCGCCGCCGAGGUCCUGAAAGGCUUCAGCCUGUGGACCCAGGCCGAGGAGCUGCAAAAGGCUUUUAAAUAUGCGGAUCACGAGAAAACCGAUUAUGAUCUGGAACAAAACGGGAGUUCUUCAACGCACAUGUCCCAGCUUCCUGCAGAAAUUAUGCUGAGGCUUUUCCACUAUUUGGGUCCCCUGGAUCUGUGCCGCUGUAGUCAAGUGUGCAGCACGUGGUCAGAGUUGGUCAAGACCGGCUCGUUGUGGAGGCACCUCUAUCCUGUGCGCUGGGCCCGAGGUGUGCACCUACAGAAAAUCAGAUGGGAUUAUUACCGUGGUCCUCCUGGGGAUCUUGACCAGGAGCCCGACGAUGACUGGGUGAAGAGCCGUCAGAACGAGGGCCGCGCCUACCUGGAGUGGGAUGAGGACGCUGACGUUGACGAGUCAGAUGUUUCGGGUCACACCGAAGGCUCCCUGGCAAUAAGCACGGCUCAGAGGGAGAAAAGGCUCCUUAAUGGCAUCAUCCAGCACCUCCUGCCAGCCGUGGGUCCUUCUGUCAAGUCCAUUAUUCUCGCCUACAGUUCUACAGUGUCAAGCAAAAUGGUCCGUCAAAUUCUCAGCCUCUGCCCCAACAUUACUCACCUGGACCUGACUCAGACCGAUGUGACCGAUUUUGCUUUUGACAGCUGGUCGUAUCCCGGAGCGUGUCGGUCUCUGGAGCACCUGGAUUUGUCGGGGUGCGAGAAGAUCACCGAUCACACCCUGAAGAAGCUGUCUGUGGGUCUGGGCGACCUGGCGUCCUCCGACAGGCGCUCGGACCGGCGGGCCAAGCUGCUGAAAAGCUGCACGGUGCCCCUCGCGCUGAUGGACGAGGGAAACCUGCGCGCGGUCGGGCGGAGGCAGCAGGCCUUCAUUUUCAAGCACGGCACCGGCCGCUGGGGCUCCGCCUGCAUCCCCACUCAGGUGUGGGUUCUGGACACUUCCGACCUGGGCGACAUCGAAGACGCGGCCGAGUGGAGCCAUCGCGGCGGGACGCCUUUCUCUGAAAGCUUAGCGGAGACGCAGCUGGUUGGAGGCUCGUGCUGCUGCAGGAGCAGGAGGAGGAGGAGGAGGUACAGGACUGGCUCGGACGCCUCCUACCUGCACCAGCAGUACGCCAUCUCCGGGGAAACGCUUUGCGGUCACUCCACCUGCUGCUCGGCUGACACGGCCCUCAGGACUUUCACUGGGCCCCAAAAAGAGUCGGGCUCCUCCAGAGGCAGCGCUGCAGAGUUACGGACUAAAUGCUCCUCAUCAGGAGGGCUGCAGUGUGUGGAGCCUGAGAACAGGACUGACUGCUCCAGGUCUAAACGGCCGCUGAGGCUCCUCAGCCUCUCUGGGUGUUACCAGGUCACCGAUCUGGGCCUACGGGCUUUGUCUCAGCGGGGGGGACUUCCUGUCCUGGAGCAUCUCAACCUGUCUGGCUGCCUCCUCAUCACCGAGGUGGGGCUGCAGGACCUGGUGUCGGCCUGUCCGUCCCUCAAAGAUGAGCACUUCUAUUACUGCGACAACAUCAACGGUCCUCAUGCAGACACGGCCAGCGGCUGCCAGAACCUGCAGUGUGGUUUCCGAGCCUGCUGUCGUUCUGGAGAGUGACCCCCGCCCUUCCCGCCUCCCAACGUUGUCCUGAAAUGUCACGUCUCGCCAUUGUUGCACUUUAUCCUGGAAAUACCAUUAGCUGUAUUUUGUCACUUAAAAGUGUUUCUUAAUGAAACUGUAAUUUUUUGCUCCUGCUAUUUCCUUACUUAUUUAGUGGAGGUAAUAGUUUAGAAAGAAGAAAUGCACAACGGAGUGCAAAAGUGCAUUUUGGUUCCUUUUGGCUUUGAGAAAGUAAAAAGUGAGACGGCCGUGAGCAGCAGUUCUGAUGGUUUCCUCUUGUUCAGCCCGUUUUUUUGCCUCAAGCGCUUUCACGUUUUCCACAAGUCCAGCUGCUCUGUAGAUAGAAGCCGCCUGUUCCUCAAUGUUUGCGCGUACGACUUUCAGCCACAGUCAAACGUCGAUGCCGGCGCAGAACAUGUUUACAGGACUGAGGGAGUAUGUUCAGGUAUUUUACUGAAUCAGGCACCUUUGCGAAUGGAUCCGGAGGAUAAAGAUUAAAAGUGCGGUUUUGGAUCCAGGAAACACAGACAUAGGAAGCGGCACAUGAUGUUGCCGCACAGUCUUCAGCAUUUUGGUUGUGAUCUGUAGUGUUCUGCCCUUCAGCUCUCCUCUGAAGGCUUUUGCUUUUUUUUUUUUUCCUUUUUUCUUUAUGCACUCCAGUGGGCAAAAAGAACAAAUGGUAAAAUGAAACCAGUCGUCACCACCAUGUCGGAGGGCUCUGUUGUGUACAUUGCUGCUUUAUCAUCCUGCAACAAGAUUUCCUUUCUGGUUCUACAGUCUUGCAUGGGAUCUGUUGGAAGUUGUCGACUAAUAAAACUUUGGAGUUAGUCA